UACAAUAUUUUAUAUCUAUACAUUUUCUUCAUCUCUCUCUCCGCGUCUUCUUUCUCCUGCAUUGGAGAGAGAGAAAUCACGCAGUAACCAACUCAAUUCUCACUUAAUCUUUUCCCGCUCUAGUUUUCCAUUGCCUUUUUUCGGAGGAAUUUCAAUCGGAGCUUCAACAUUUCGCAGUGAAUUGAUUUCACUACAUUCCUUCAGUUUUGUGAGAGAUCUGAUUAUUUUUUAAUUCUCUUCGCCAAUUCACAACAUUUCUCCGGCAGCUUUCAACUUUCCGGAACACUCGCGAUUACCAGUUUAUCAGUUACGGUUAAUCAAUUCGAAUCUGCGAUAGAUUCGGCCGCGCUGUAUACGUGUGAUGUUGAGAUUCCGAAAUCUGUGAAGCGCUUUGUUUUAUCGCGAGGGUUUUUCAUCGUUUUCAACCCGGAGUCAAUGCUCUUUUUUUUUGAUCUGCUCAAUUCCCAAUCAUUCUCGGGAAUUUCAACCGUCUUUCGCGGCUAAUUAAUACGUCGGAUCGAAGAUGAUGCGGAUGAGGACUAAGAAUGAAGCGUUACCGCCGGAUUGUGACGGCGGCAGAGGAUUGGGGAAAGAGUGGGAGCUCAGGCCUGGUGGAAUGCUGGUCCAGAAGCGCACAGACGCCGGAGGAGAGAACCGCGUGCCGCUGCCGCCGCCGAUUCGCGUCCGCGUCAAAUACGGUUCCGUUACUCAUGAAAUCCGCAUCAGCUCUCAGGCAACCUUCGGGGAGUUGAAGAAGAUGCUGUCGGGGCCGACGGGGCUGCACCACCAGGAUCAGAAGCUGUUUUACAAGGACAAGGAGAGGAAUUCGACUGCGUAUCUAGACAGUGCCGGAGUGAAAGACAAGUCGAAAAUGGUGUUGGAAGAGGAUGCCAUUAGCAAGGAGAAACGCUUCAUAGAGAUGAGGAAGAAUGCUAAAAUGGAGAAGGCUGCAAAACUGCUCUCAGAUAUUGGCUCGGAGGUGGAUAGACUGGCUAAGAAGGUGUCUGCUGUCGAAACUGUGGUUUCAAAAGGCGGGAAAGUGGUGGAGAAGGAUAUAGUGAACCUCAUUGAGCUUUUGAUGAAUCAAUUGCUCAAGCUGGAUGGUGUUGUUGAUGAUGGUGAUGUGAAAUCACAGAGGAAAAUCCAGGUGAGAAGUAUACAGAAGCAUGUGGAGAAACUUGAUCUGAUCAAACUCAAGAAUUUAUCACUUCAGCAGCAGACGCACUCGAAUGGUGAUGUGUCUUCUCCGCCUAGUCAUCAACCUCGGCACUCCUUGGGGGAAUCUUUGAUCGACUGUGAUUCACCACAGCAGCAGGGUGAACAUAGGCACUCGGGCUCAGGUGGUGGUUCUGUGGUGAUAACCACACAAUGGGAGACUUUUGAUUCUACUUCGAAUCCGUUCUUAGGCUACCCUUCAACCUCCGACACAACGGAGAAGAACAGCAUUCGCCCAGCUCAACCUGGUUUCACCUGGAAUUUGCUUUGAGCUGGAUUUGUUUGGUAUGGAUUCUUGAUUCUUUUCUGUAUUUAGAGCUCUUUCCAUAUGUGUUUCUCUUGAUCACAAAUAAAUGGGGCUACUUGCAACGGCCGAUGUUACUUACCAUCAUAGUACAUUAUUAUUCUUUUCCGGCCGCCAUUCAUCCCCAUUGAGUUUGUUUAAGUUGUAAUGUUGGUGAUAUAUACAUGAUGUGUACGUAUAGUUUGCUUUGGAAGUACUCCUAUUAGUGAUGAAACAGAACUUCAUUUGGAGUUGUAAAUUUUGUUUAAUGCUUUGCUUAGUUAAAGCAGCUGCUUUGAUGCUCUA